ACCAUGAAGGUCCCCGCAGCCGCCCUGGUCGCUCUCCUCCUCAUGGCCACCUGCUCCCCGUGCGAGGCCCAUCUCGACGGCGUCCCCACCGCCUGCUGCUUCAGUUACCAGCAACGCCCUGUCCCGCGGGGCCUCAUCACCUCUGCGUACAUCACCAGCAGCAGCUGCACCCAGCCAGGGGUGAUCCUGGUCACCAAGAAGAAGAAGGAGCUGUGCGCGGACCCCCAGGCGCCCUGGGUGCAGGCGCAUCUGAAGCACUUCCAGACCCUGAAGAACUGACCCUUCCCUGCUGCCAGUCAUGAUGCCCCUGGUGCUACCCCCAGCAGGCUUGGCUUCCAGCCCCAGGCACGCAAGAGAGUACUUGAACUGCAGCCUUCUUCAACGGGAAAAUUUAUUCUAUUUAACUUAUUUAAGUUAAACUAAAUAUAUUUUGCUAAGAAAAGGGAAAAUACAAAAAUAAUUUAAACUAUA